AUGUUUGGAUAUCAUUUCACACUUCUGGAUGCUUACCUUCGUAUUUAUGGUCCUAUAUUUGUUGGCAAUGCUCCAACACAAUCUUUGUAUGACUCUUACUUUCUUUUACUUUCAAUCAUUUUUCAGAUUAUGACUCUUUACGAGACAAUUAACAGCUAUAGAAAUAAUAGGAGAGUUCUUCUCUUAAUAGUUUAUAUAGCACUGUUUUUGGAUAAUAUGCUGCUAACCACAGUUGUGCCUAUAAUUCCGGAGUAUCUCCUACGAAUUUCACAUCCAAACACAACCGAUCUUCUGCUUUACAAUAAACCGGAAGAAGAUCAUGUGGUCGAGAAAAGACAGAUAGUCUGGGAUGACGACGCUUGGGAUAUGCCGAUGCCUGGAGGAAGUGGUGAUGAUAUUCCGUGGGACGAAAAUCCUUUGGCCCCUCAGAGAAAACCGGAGAAAAGCCGCAAGAAACCCAAGCAGCGCUAUAAGGAACCUAGUCGGAAACCGCCCAUAGGAUAUAGCGAAAGGCCUCAGAUGCGGCCAACACCAGAGCCGACUGUUCAAACUUUUCAAAAAACUGAAAGGCAUGAAAUUUUGGCAAAGGAAAAUGUACUAGUUGGAAUCAUGUUUGGUUCAAAGGCAUUAGUUCAGUUGGUGGCCAAUCCGUGGAUUGGACCUUUGACAAAUAAGAUUGGCUAUACGCUACCGAUGUUCGCAGGAUUUGUGAUUAUGUUUCUGUCAACGAUAUUAUUCGCUUUUGGAACAUCGUAUGGGACUUUGUGGUUUGCCAGAGCUAUGCAGGGCGUAGGAUCUGCUUGUACUAGCACUUCCGGUAUGGGAAUGCUAGCUCAAGCCUACCCAGAUGAUGCUGAAAGAGGAAGCGCUAUGGGAAUCGCCUUAGGUGGUUUAGCCUUAGGAGUACUAGUUGGGCCACCGUACGGAGGAGUUCUAUACCAAUGGGCAGGAAAAGAGCUGCCGUUCAUUCUUCUUGCUCUUCUCGCCCUAUUUGACGGAUCUUUGCAAUUUGUGGUGCUACAACCAAAGGUAGAUCGAGGUGAGCCAGAAGGUUCGACGAUCAAACAGUUAGCCAAAGAUCCCUACAUCAUUGUUGCUGCAGGUGAAGAUAUUUUUACACAUUUAUUGUGGUGUGCUACUAAGACGAUGUUAUGUAAUGCAAGCCGCAAUGGCCAUGUAAUACAUUUGUUUCCGUAGCG